AUGUCUGCGCCGCCAGGAUUGCAAGACCCGUUCCUAUGGCUUUUUUGUGAGGAUCGGGCGACUGUUGGAAAUGUCCUGGGGAAUCUGAAAGGUUGGCUUGGUGUCUGGAGUCUGCGGACGUUGGAAGUCAGUGGUGUGCGGUGCGAAAGUGAGAACGUUGUGAAAUUGGUUUCACGGCUCCAUAGAGCUUUGAAGGGAACGGCACUACCACGAACCGCUUCUGAAAGUGAAGAGUUUGUUAUACAGGCCGUUGUUGACAAGAUACAUGAUGCUAGUCUCCAGAAUGAAACUUGCUCAUUGAAAAAAAAUGAUGAACGGUUUAUGGGCCUGUGA